UCACCACAUCAAGCAGAACUCAUCUACAGCCUCACUGAAGAAAAAGAUUGUUUUCUACAAAUACGUUAUCAAAAUGCCAUUCUUUGGCUGGAUGAAAUGGCCAAAAAGUUAUUCUUACAGAAACGGACAAUACCCUGGCUCAGAAGUUGUGACAAAGACACUUCUGAGAGAACUAAAAUGGCAUUUGAAAGAACGUGAACGGCUGAUACAGGAGAUUGAAAAUGGACAUAAAGUUCAGAAAGCUGACAGUGAUUACAGUGGGAUAAAGAGCUACCAAAAUCUUCAAAUGACUAUCCCAGCCACUGAACAACGACAGCUUGAAGCUCUUUGCUCUCAAAUCCAACCAUGUCAAACUGGAAUCAUACUCAGCAGAUUUCGAGAGGUUCUAGCAGAAAAUGAUGUUUUACCCUGGGAAAUUGUUUAUACAUUCAAGCAAGUUUUAAAGGAGUUCCUUACUAAUCUUGAAAAAGAAGCUCAGCAAGAUCAACUGGCUGGUGUUGGGAAUACAGAUCGCUCCAGACAAUUUGCAGCAUCUAACGCCAACUCCAGGAAAAUGGACCAAGAGGAAAUCCCAACUGUAUCCAGCUACGUUGACAAAAAUACGCAAGGCAUCCUUCCAACGUUCUCCCACAGGAUCUGGAAUCUUCCCUAUUACUACCCGUCAAGUUAAUUACUUUCUCUUCCCUAAUAUCCAUUCAGUUUGGCUAUAAGCAUCUUGUAAUGAUUCAGUACUCCAAAAUUAUCUUCCCAUCCCACUAUCCUCAUGAA